AUAAUGAUGAACGACGCGCUCUUGCCAUUUAAUGAGUUACCGCGCCCAGAAAUGGAACGUAAUGCUACAGUGCUGAUUGUAGGACCACCGAGCGUUGAGACGGCGAACUUUGGUGAACUAAUGAUAAACAUAUUAGCGAACGAAAUGACAAUUCGCAUUCGCACAGCAGAGUCUCUUCCUCUUCCAUCCGCAUCAACUCCUCGUCCUAGGAUAGAUUUUGUCCUGUUUAUGUUAUCUAUGACACAAGCAGACAGUUUCGAAGCGUUGAAGAAGUCAGUAAUGAAAUUAAACGAAGAGUACUUCCUUGGGAGGUGUGCCGUUGUAGCCACUCAAGGCAAGAGACUUGAGAAGGUUACUCAAUACACGUUUGAAUGCGAAGAAUUAGAUUAUUUUAUCAGUAAGGUUUGUGGAGACAUGUCCAUAUUUUAUGUCAAUCUAACGAACCAAGUCAACGUUCAAGUUAUCGUGAGGCAAAUCAAUAGUUUAAUAGAAGUUGCAUGUGGCUAUAAACGUGGAAUCACUCCGGCGCUGCUUAGAACGACAGAACUGUAUGAGAGCUCGUAUACAUCACUAGAAGAAUUUUUGGACACCGAACAAGAAUAA